AUGACUUCAGUGAGUUAUUUAGUGGCGGUGAUAAGUUCUACGGAAAUCAUCAUUAAGUCUAAGGACGGGCCCAUAAAACCGGUGUGUGUGGCACGGCGAACUACGGUUUUAGCUGUGCUUAAAUCUACGGAUAACCACCGCUGGUACCACUGGUGCGUCAAUAACUACGGUUACUUUGAUGUUAAGGAGAUAAACCCGAUUAUAAAGAAGCUAGAAAAUGGAGGGGAUGAAAACGGUAAACAAAAAGAGGUUAAUAGACCUUUGAUUCAAUUUUUGGGUAACAAUAUCUAUGGUGGAAACAAUGGUACUUUAAACAUUGAAUCAAGAAAGAGAAAAUCUACGGGAAUUGACGAGUUAAAUGCAACCAAUGCUACUGAAAACGUUGAAGAUAUUUGUGUUGAUGGUGAACAAGUCAAAAAACUUAAUCUUGAGGAAAGUUGGGAGUUUGAACAACCAAUUCCUGACUGGCUCAAACGAAUUCAUCAACAUCGCGAAAAUCUCGCCACCACAACUGACGCAACUGACAUUGAAUCACUGUCUCAAGUAGCAGAAACUGCCAUUUGGUGGCAUAUCAUUGACACAUGUGAUCCGAAAUUAACUAACAUUAUUACGGAACAAGAGUUUUUAAACCUAAGCGAAAGUUUACUUUCCAACCUUCCAUCGGACUGGGAAGUGUUAGAGCUACCA